AUGGAACCCAAGAGCCUCUGCUUCCUGGCCACAGUCCUCAUCGUGGGACUCAGCACCCUGGUGGAAGGGAGCAAAAAGCCAUCGCCAUGUCAGUGCUCCAGACUUGAUCCAAAAAAUAGGAAGAACUGUGGUUUCCCAGGAAUUUCUAGUGAUCAAUGUUUUGCUUCUGGGUGCUGUUUCGAUACCAAGGUCCCCGGUGUUCCCUGGUGUUUUACACCGCUUCCAGAGAAAGAAUUGGAGGAAUGUGUCAUGGAAGUAGAAGCAAGAGUAAACUGUGGGUUUCCUGGGAUCUCUCCUGAGGCCUGCAAGAAUAAAACGUGCUGCUUUGAUGACCUCGUUCCACAAGUCCCCUGGUGUUUCUAUCCAAUUCCCAAAGAAGAAUGCUCUUACUAAAGCAAGUGGGCUGCCUCUCCACCAGAAGGUCUGAAACGAAACGGAAACAGAUCACCUUCAUGCCCUCAGACUUCAACAUUUCUGCCUUUGGUUUUCUCCUUUUUCAUUAUUUUCAA